AUGGCAUCUACGCAGAAGGCCACAGUCUUUCAGAUGUUGAAGACAAGUAAAAGUGGGUCCAAGGUAGCAGUUUCAGCACAUAGAGGGGCUGAUGUUACUACCUCCAUUCCUCAGAGGGGACAUGGGUACAUUCUGUCUUCAAGCCAGCGAGGUGCUGCUGCCUCCCUAAGCCCUUCUUCCCAGCAAAGAUCAGAAACUGCAUUUCCCACCACUUCCCACCACUCAACAUCAGACUAUCAUCAAUCUGUCUCCCCACAAUCAGGGCCUGGCCUCUCUAUAGUCUGCCCUUCAUGGGGAACUGAAACCCGACAAAGAACGGAGGCACCCCGCCAUCACUCUCCUCAUCGAAAGAACCAGUUAGUCCAGAUAUCGACUCCCCAUUCUUCAGGCACACAUCGGAAUGCUAGUCCAGUCAGAGAGGAAGCAACACGAAGGAGUGAAACCAAGCCAGGGCGUGAAGUUGGCUCUCGUUCUGCUUUAGCCUCAGAUCGCAAAUACCCCCGUCACUUAAGUUUUACAGGUGAAAACUUAGAGGAAGAGGACCCCCCAUCCAAGGUCCAGAACCCCCAGGGGGUCAGAGUUCCCCAUAAGAUUUCACUUCACCUUAAAGAUGAAGCCAUACAAACAGAGCCCAUCCAAAGGACUGCAGUUGACGUCAAAUCUUCAAAAAGUAUCUCUAUCCCAGAGCAUGGUAGUCGUGCCACAGCAGACCAUCCUAGAAAGAUCCCUAGCCACGAGCCAGAAUCUGGUCAUCACAGCUCAAUUCUUUCAGAACCCAAGGCUUUGAAUAGAAAUUUGAAAUUGUCAUCAGGCCUCAAACUUUCUGUCCUUAGAGAUUUAGAUGGUAGGCCCCGAGUUCCUUCACGUUCUGUCUACACUGAAACAAAACCAUCCUCAAAGGUUUUAAUAUCAGAAGUGGAGUCCAAUGUGAGGUCCGCAAGCCAAGACCCUUGUGAGGUUGGACGUAAGGUGACCAUCUCCCCAGCAAGACAGUCAACUCAUCGUGUGACAACUCGAGUGGUAUCUGAAGAUCCCUAUAAAUCUCUUGUGUAUCCAAAGCCCUCUCCAAAGCCCUCCAUCCAUGCAGAACUGGAACUGAGCCCUCGGCCUUUGCCCCCUCGUUCUUUACCUAGGUAUGGGCCUGACUGCUCGUGGUGGACCUUACUGAAUCCUAAAGUUGAAACGCCCCCAAGCCAUCCAAGGAUAUCUGAUUUUGAACCCAAGUCCUCCCCUCCCCUAGACCCUUUAGAGUCUUUUUUUGAAAUAGACUCAAGCACUUUCUGUGAGGACCUGAUGUUCCAGAGAGAGAAAGCAAGCCUACCACCAUCACCAAAGGAGUCUUCAUGCCAAGUACCAUUCACAGAAGUGCCAAAGGCCCCCAAACACACCAGCAAACAACCCAUUCACGGGUUUAAUGCUUUCUUUCUGGAUGUUUCUGAGGAAAUGUACAAUCGGAUCAUCUGGUGGCUAAAAGAUGAGGAGAUCAAGCGUUUCCUGGAGGACACCAGUGAUGAUGCAGAACUGAGCAAGUUCGUGAAGGAUUUCCCAGGAAGCGAGCACUGCCACCAGCCAGAGGCCAAGACCAGGGUGUCCAGGCCCCAAAUCUUGGAGCCAAGGCCCCAGGCCCCGGACCUCUGUGAUGAUGAUCUGGAGUUUAGACCCACCUUGUGGUCCCAAUCCUCUGACAGCCAGCAGUACUUCUAUGCCCCAGCCCCUCUCAGCCCUUCUGCUCGGCCCCGCAGCCCAUGGGGCAAGCUUGAUCCUUAUGAUUCCUCUGAGGAUGAUAAGGAGUAUGUGGGCUUUGCAACCCUUCCCAACCAAGUCCACCGGAAGUCUGUGAAGAAAGGCUUUGACUUUACACUCAUGGUGGCAGGAGAAUCUGGCCUGGGUAAAUCCACUUUGGUCAAUAGCCUAUUCCUCACUGAUCUGUACCGGGAUCGGAAACUCCUCGGUGCUGAAGAGCGGAUCAUGCAAACCGUGGAGAUUACUAAACAUGCAGUGGAUAUAGAAGAGAAGGGUGUGAGGCUGCGGCUCACCAUUGUGGACACACCAGGUUUUGGGGAUGCAGUCAACAACACAGAGUGCUGGAAGCCUGUGGCUGAAUACAUCGACCAACAAUUUGAGCAGUAUUUCCGAGAUGAGAGUGGCCUGAACCGAAAGAACAUCCAAGACAACAGGGUGCACUGCUGCCUGUACUUCAUCUCACCCUUCGGCCACGGGCUCCGGCCACUGGAUGUUGAAUUCAUGAAGGCCCUGCAUCAGCGGGUCAACAUCGUGCCUAUCUUGGCUAAGGCAGACACACUGACACCUCCUGAAGUGGACCGAAAGAAAUGCAAAAUCCGGGAGGAGAUUGAGCACUUUGGAAUCAAGAUCUAUCAGUUUCCAGAUUGUGAUUCUGAUGAGGAUGAGGACUUCAAAUUACAGGACCAAGCCCUAAAGGAAAGCAUCCCAUUUGCAGUGAUUGGCAGCAACACUGUGGUAGAAGCCAGAGGGCGGAGAGUUCGGGGUCGGCUCUACCCUUGGGGUAUUGUGGAAGUGGAAAACCCAGGGCACUGCGACUUUGUGAAGUUGAGGACAAUGCUGGUGCGCACCCACAUGCAGGACCUGAAGGAUGUGACUCGAGAGACACAUUAUGAGAACUACAGGGCACAGUGUAUCCAGAGCAUGACCCGCCUAGUGGUGAAGGAACGGAAUCGCAAGGACAGAUCCAGAAACUGAGAAGCUAAUCCGAGAGAAAGAUGAGGAGCUGCGGCGGAUGCAGGAGAUGCUACACAAAAUCCAAAGACAGAUGAAGGACACUCAUUAACUGGCUUUUGGACCUGGAUAUUUAAAUCUCUUCUUCUGACCCAUGCCAGCCCCUCCCUGCACCAUCUCUGCUCAGGACCCUGCAGCUAUAACCACUUCGCCUUAUAUCCCUGCUGACUUCUCAAGAGACUCAGAGGAAAUAAAAUUUAAUAAAUCUAUGUGGC